AUGGGAGAUAAUGACUGCAUUAUGAAAAGGUCUUAUCGUAAAAGGACUAGGUAAGGUUAAAAGAUGAUAUAGAAUCAUUUUUUCAGAGAUUCAAGAAACAGGCUCAAUGAUGAAUUAAUCAGCCGGCUUGCUUCGGACUUCCGAAUUGCGGAGAGUCUAAAAUAUACCUAAAUAAGGUAAACAAGAUGAGCAUUAUGUUCCGCCUUUUUACUCACUAUUUCAAAAAUUGUUGUUGUUUUGGUUCUGUUUUAAGUUAUCAUACAAUGAAACUAGGGAAUAGCCUGGUGAAGACUGACCAGCCCAUAGACUGAAUUGACUCAAUAUUCAUACCUUUCGAGGAACGAGUGCGGCCUAAUGGGUGAACCUUCUAAGCUGGGAUAUUAUAUUUAGCAAAAAGUAAGAAAAUAUUAUUACUCGGAAAGGUGAAAUGAAGGUUGAUAACUGAACUACCAUCAGCAUUAGAAAAUGGAAACUGUUACUGAAACUGACCCCAUGAAUAAAUUCUAAACGAAUUGUGAUCUUUAAGGAAAAUAAAACAUCAAUUUAAGGCAGCUUAUAAAAGACAAACAAUAGUAACAUUCUAAAACAUACACCAGUUUUCUUUCAGAAAUCAAGCAGCCGUAUCUAAAUGUAAAUAACUUUAUCUCGGUUAAGGUUAUAUCAGGCAUGGGAAAGGCUAAUCUGCCCACGAACUGGCACUAGAGGGGGGUUUCAAUUUUGAUUUUAAAUUUCGAAUUCUUUCUUCUGAUAACUUAUUUUUCGCUACGGAAAUUUUACGGUAUGUUUACGUCAAACGUCGUUGCUCUCAGAGGAAGUGAGGGAAUGUUAUUAUCAUGAACAGGUGCAAUUUAAAACAGAGCCCUUACUGAUUAUUCAGUCAUCAGACAACACGUGAAGAGCGACUGACAACAGACCUCCGGGCGAACCAAAAAUUAUCGCCUUUAGUAUGCUCAGUAGUAUCUCAAUCAACCUUGGAACAUGAAAAAAUCUUCUUAAAAGGUUAGAUUUGUUACAGUUCCUUUGGUUUUUCUGUCAAAUUUUUUCUGCAGGAUAACGAUGAACUAGACAGCCAAGUGUUCCCUUGUCCGAAUUUAAGUGUAAUUUUUAAACAGAAAUCAUGAAUUUUACUCCAAAUUUUUUUCAAGGUUACCUAAACAAGCCGAAUAUAGAAUGGAAUGUUUCUGUUAUGUUUUUAUAUAUGCCUGCAUAUUUCAAGAUAGUUGAUCGAUGUGAAAGCUUUUCACGUCGGCUACAGAAUAUUAAUAGACUCUUAAAAUUUAAAGCUUUUGCAGGUGGCCUUGCGUUAAUGACUGAAAGAUUUUUUCUCGAAAACCAUACUUACCAUGGCAAUUAAACAAAUACAUCGUUUUUAUGCGGCACCAACCGUCCAAAAUGUUUGUAUAGAAGUGUGAACUAUCAUUUUGAGAAGUAUGAAAUUAAUUGCUAAGUUAUUCUCUAUCUCCGUAUUUAAGUGGGCAAUACAGUGGAACCUCGAUAUAGCGAAGGGCCAAGGGACUGGCGACGACAUUUACAGUUCGCUAUAACGAGGUUUCGUUAUAGAGUGCGUCCUCGAUAUAACGAAUCGCUAUAUAACAAAGUCAUCGGUAUAACGAACGACGUUCUUUAACCCAGCAAAAGCGAAUAUAUAAGAAAGAACCUCGAUACAUGUAUAACGAAACCUCUUUAGAGAUAACAAAUGUCGCCAGUCCUUUGACCCUUCGUUAUAUCGAGGUUCUUUUUGACAUAUUUUAAUACGUACUAUUGAGGGCCAGAAAAUCGUUCGUUGUAGCUAGAACUUUCCUAUUUCAGUAGAGAUUCGUUACUUCGAGAUUGCACUGUAACCUAUUUAAUUCCAUGUUUCUUUUUCAAGGAGAGGGUGAUCCUAGGCUAUAUCUCUUAAUAAAAGUCUAUCGUCUCCUCACUGCCCCCUCCCCCAACCCUACGGGCUUACAGACGUCAAUUAGUUGCAUGAGAGGAAGGGACCUCUGGUACCCAGGGUAGGGAUUUUGGAAAUGAAACUAUAAAUUCAUCACGCACGGGCUAACCUUCAUUGGUUAUAAAGAUUUUCAUGCCGAAAGCGUAUUCAUCCACUCCCGGGGGAGCACUUCCUUAUUUAGCCUAAACGGGUAUGCGCCGCUGAACAGGGUAUGGGUUGUUAAAACAGUGUAUAAAAUUUCAGAAUUUAUCAUCUUGGACGUCUUUGGACCGGAAGCCUUUAAAAGAGUGUGAAGGUUGGUGAUCAUGAGACGCGGUUUACAUGUGUACUUACCAACAUUUUUUUCCAAAAUCUCAUUCCAUGUUAAUUCUAUGUUAAAUAGUUUUAAAAUCGCUGAAAUAUGUAUGCGAAACGAAAGAAAUCAGGGUCAUGAAAUUACUUUUCUUGUCUUAAUCAGGGUGGCGUAGCACAUGAACCACAGAGUCAAGGUUUGAAGGUCUCAGUGACACACCUCUGCACGCAAACUUCCGUUCUAAAAGUGCUCCCCGGGUUGAAAUGUGGUUAUGGCAUUACAAGCUAUCUACUGAUGAUAAACUGCCACUCAGCUGUCGUCACUUACAUCAGGCACUUGACAGGUUUCACCAAAACAUCAUAAAAAAGUCUUUAAAAAACUGAAACUAAACUCUGGGCUUGAACAGCUUUAAAUAUGGCCAGGUUGUUACCGCUAUGGGUCUUAGAGCAUAAGAUCAAACUGUUUUUUUGCGGCGAGAGACUUUAAAAAAAUUUCUUUUCGCAAUUAUGAUGUUCUAAUCUUAGCAUGGGGCACUUGUAUUUUUGUCAUUCCAUUAUUUAUUUUGUAUUUUAUGUAUGGGCUUUUGUCAUUCCAAACUCGGUUUUUAUGACCAAUAUUUUAUGUUUUUAGUUUUUCCUGGCGGGGGCAACUGCCCCCUUCGCCUCCCCCGCUAUGUACGGCCCUGGUUGAUCCGAAGCUCAAGUCAGCCCUUAAAACUAAAGAUAAGAUAAUUAAUGUAAACGUUAUUAGGGUUACGUUAGCUUUAUUUUGAGGCAAAAGAAAAAACAAAAACAUUAGUAGGCUUAGAAAAGUGUUUUGUUAGGUAAAUGUUGUAUUUUUAUAUGACUGUUAAUUUAGUUUCCCAUACUGAUUAUACGACUGGAGGUGAACAAAGCGGUACAUUACCAUGUCAAGGGAAGCAAAGUGCUCGUACCCCAACAAAUUCUAAGUUUAACAGCUAAACUAAGUGAAAAGCCACAACAAGGGAGAAUCAACCCUUCAGGCAAACACCACGAGAUGAUGUACGAUGUAGGCAUUACGUUUGAAGUCGGGCGAAAACAGCUCUUGUCCAAUGAGCGUCGACUUGAAUUCUCGUGCAAUCUAUCAUCACUCAAAAAUAGCUAAAAAUGAGUGAAAGUUUAGUUGGAUUUCGUUAUAAAAGGGGGCCGCGGUUACAGACCUGAAUUUAGCAGUAAUUCGAUCAGUACGUCGAUAGGUCAGUUAACGGCGAUAGCAAGUGAAAGUGUGUUUGCUUAUCUGAUUUCUUGUGGUAGCCCAGCUUAGCCGUAAUGUUCGUGUCCAAACGUAAGAGGGGAAAUCACAGGGCCACAUCAGUCAUGUAAGUUUUUUGUGAUUUUCGUCUUUUUGUAGUAUUUUUUGUGCGAACUGCUUAUAAGACUAAGUACAUGAGACUGGACCUCAAAGGGCAAAGCUAAUAUUUACAAGUUUCAUGUAAAUUCGUACAAAGAUAAUUAGUCUUUAGGGACGCCGCUCAAAAAUAACACUCAGCAUCAAAAGUGAGCAAAUAAGGCGAUAUGAAACGCAGAUGAGGUCGGGUACAACCAGCGCAAUUUCUAUCGAAGAGAAUUGGCUCGUUUAGAAGAUUGUAAUCAAAUGCUUAAGACCGAAGAAAGCUCAAACCACGAGAGCCAAACGAAAGGAAGGACCCGUCGUUCAUUUUCGAGAUUGGCAAGCUUGCAACGGACGAAUCGUAAUUGCAUAUCUUCGCCGAUGAAUUAAUUAAACAAAGAUAAGGUCACCCUACUUAAGAUAUCAGUUUUUUUCAACGAUGAAGUGAUGACGUUUGCGUUUUGAACAACAUCCCCUGAGUUUAUUUGUUUCGUUCAUUCGAUAUGUAUGCGAUCCGCGUUCUUUUUGAGGCCCAAAGAAAACUUGUUUCAAAGGUAACAAAAUGGAAAGCAAUUUUAAAAGGAUUUUUGAAGACAAAAUAUCAAUGUUUCCGCUUAAAGAUACGAACACUAUUGUGCCAUACAUCAGAAAACUACCACACAAGCGAUAAAAAUGUCAAACUAUCACUCAGAAGUCGGGGGCCAUAACGACAUUAUUUUCAUUUUCAUUAAAUAUCACGACCUUAAAGAAAUCCACUUUAACUUUAAAAAUUACAAGUUUGACACCAUAACACUUAGGGGUCUGACACCAAACGAGCGCUCUUCAAAAGAUCAUCGCUCGAGGGGUGUUUGUUUGCAAGAAAAAGAUUUAUGUGUUUACUCGUGUAUUUGCGAAUUGAUUUAGCGUCAGUUGAGAGCGAGAUGCCUUCUAGCCCCAGGGCAACAGGCUAAACGCGUGUCUACUCGUUUGACAGUUUGCUAUUGCCGUGCCGGCCAUAUGCAUAGUUUGUCAAACGUGAAACGCUCUCCAACAGGCAUCAGCUGGCUGGUGAAAAAUACUGAACUUAUAUAAUGUUACACAUUUUAAAAGAAACUAAAUUUUUACAUAUAUUCGUAUAUUAGGAUCCAAGAGUCAACUGAGCCUGAGCCACGAAACAGUCCAGUAACUCAUCGCGUUUUUCUUGACAACUCUAACUGCACGGAACAGGCUUCUCAGUCGCCUAACAUGUCACGAUCUCGAUCUCGACUCUUUGAUUCAGACAACCCUGGCGAAACAAGACUUUAUUUAAACGUCGGCGGGCAAAAACACGAAACAUUUGUCAGUACAUUGGCUAGCAUUCCGGACACACGUCUUGCAUGGAUAGCUGAACGUGCUAUGAAGGAUCCAAGACCGCUUGGGCAAAAGCGCGAGUUUUUCUUCGAUCGAAAUCCCGCUGUCUUUACUCAUAUUCUGAAUUUCUACCGCACAGGCAAGCUUCAUUGUCCAAGAGAUGUCUGCGGGCCGCUCUUUGAAGAAGAGCUUAACUUUUGGGGGCUCGAUGAAAAACAGAUAGAGACUUGCUGCUGGGCCAAAUACGAUGAACAUCGAGAUGCCGAAGAAAAGCUUCAAGGAUUUUCCCGUGAAGAAGAUCAAGAAUCCGAAUUUGAAGAUAUCAACAGUGGCUCUGGUGAUAUUGAAAUACCAAGCAGCGGAAGUGAAAUAUGCAGCGAAUCUCGCCGACUUGGGGUCCAUCGCACAAGACGUCUUUGGCAAACGAUCAAAAAGAAAAUCUGGAAAACAUUUGACGACCCUUACUCGUCGAAGUUGGCUAGGGUAAGGUUGACAGUAAAUAACACAUAAUCACCCUUUAUGAUGUAUUUAGGGUUAAUCUUUCACAAACCGGCCAGAAUCAUAGUACCCCCUCAUGGUCGUGUUUGACAAACCCCCAUAAUUUGAAGAAAUCUUUUGGAAGAAAUCUUUUGACGCCUUUGCAAUUAAAAUGCAUAACUAAUAUUGAUAACGAAAAAUUUCAUUCUUUAAGUGAAAACUCAAUAGUUAAAGCACAGUUUUCAUGCACAUGCCAAACUGCUCCUAUGACAAUUCUUCCGGGUCUGCGUUCCGUUUACAGAUACUGAUAUUAUUUUUCUUUCACGUCAUUUCGCCCAGUUUCUCUUAAAAUUCAUAGGAACCGUAUACGAAGCACAAAGUCUAGCCUCGUCAGAAACCAUUUUUUUCUUCGUCUUUUACUUUUUGCAUCAAAUUAAUUUAACUUGACUUGUUUUGCUUGGCAAAGAAGACGUGGUUGGAAAUGUGAGUGCCCCAUGCGCUUCAGUAUUUGCUAUCCUCUUCAAUAUCGCGGUUUAUGAAUACUGCGUAUGCUUAUUAAUUUUCUAUUGUACUUAGGUUUGUCUACUAAUGGCUCGCCUAGCGUUAAUGGUCGAGUUUUUGGUUUACAUGUUUAUUAAUUUCACUGAAAUAAAGCACUUACUUACUAACAAAAACGUUUUGAAAGAGGACAUUAUCUAAAACAAGAACAAAAGAAGUAUCUUUAAAUAACCAUACGUUGAAAACUAGAAGGGUGAUAAACGCCAAAACGAUCAGGCGACAACGACAUCGAAGAAAAGAGUAACCGAAAGUUUGUGAAGUGUCAACGGACAGGAUUUUCUUCUUAAUUUAGUCUUCGCACUGUUUGUACAAUUUUCUAUUUAGUUACGUCUUUUAAUGAAUUAAAAUACAUUUAUUCUGUCAGUGAUUGGCUGAGCCUAGACUUAGUGUCUAACAUGGUGAAAACCGCUUCCGAUUUGGUAGUGAAAAAUGAAUCGUUUCUUCCUUGAAGUGAACAGCAGAAGAUAUCGAUACGCGAAAACAAAACCACGCAUUGAUUAAAAAGGCAAAUUGUCUAGAUCUCUAUCGAUAAAAAACAAAAAGAAUACUCUAUUUUAGAUCUACUCUUCUACUCAAAGAAUAAAAUUGCAUUGAUCCAUUUUAAGUAAAAACAAAAGUUUUUCAGAUCUUCUGGCGUAAGUCAAUCAUUAUAUUCACUUUCUUCCUUAUUAACCUUAAAAUACGCCGUGCAUUUGCAUAUAAAUGUCUUGACCAAUUCGUGAAAAUGAUCGAAGUCUUUUGUUUAAGCGUUAGAUCUGUUCUAAGGCUUGAAAAGUUUGUUUGAAUGUCCUCUUUCCUAAAUCUUCGUCGCAUUUUCAAAGCAACAGUAAUUCACAAUUUCCCACGUAUACACCACCAACUUCCAUUUUAAUAACGACUUAUUUAAAAUGUAAAAGUUAUGUAGUUUGUACAUUGAAAAUUCGACUUUGCCGCUGCGCCUGCUUAUAUAUUCGCAGAAAUUAUUGAUUGAAUUGCAACGUUUGUCACAUUUUUCUUUAAAUAGUAUUUUGCUAGGCAAAGAAAUGACAAGAUUAACUCAAGGAAACAAAAAAGUAAACCGCUCACUCUUUCAUAAGCAAUUUAUUUGAUUUCAUCGAACGUUAGCUAACGUUAUAAACUCUCUUUUUUUAAAUUCAAAGUUUACUUUGAAUACGAAACAAGGUAUCUUGUAACAAACUAACCUCGUCUACGAAUAUAAUUUUUUUUAUCAAUGGUAAGUGUUUCUCUUCAAAUCAAGCCAUCAUUGAAAACACAUAAAUUGAAUAAAUUAUAUUUUCCCUGCCGUGUGAUUGAUCAACUGACAGAAACUUGAUCAGUAAAGAACAAACAAAAACAUCAACAAAAAAGAUUAAAAGAGAAGACGUUAAAGCGUGAAAUCCUUGUCUUUAUUAGGCAAAGGCCCCGAUCGUCGCACAGCUUAUAUACGGGUAUCUUUUUCUCCGUUUUACCCUUCCGUCCAGACGUAAACGACGUUUUCGGGCACCAAAAAAGGCAGGUUUCCGAAAACUGUUCCCAGAGUGGAGUUUUUUUUUUUUAACGUGCCAGCUUAUCUUUCUGGUGUGGACGGACGAAACAAUGAUGCCAGUCAUGAAACAGCGCGUUCCCUGUAAGGAACGCUAACGUAUUUCCAUCGUUUUAGCGUUUUCAUGUGAAUUGGCGAAUAUGAUUCGAAUGCCUAAGGCCCGGUUCAGACGCCGCUCCACUCAUGUGCGGGACCUAACUGAUUGGUUCGACUUUGGAGCGACAUUGGCGUGACAUCUGAUUCAGACGGCGCACCGUGUGUCGAACCUAAUCUUUAUUUCAUGUAGGGUGACUCCGAGGGACUUAUGGGAAGAUUCUUAAAUUAUCAUAUUAAACGUACGCAUUUGAUUCGGCACAUGAGAAGAACGCCGUAUGAAUCACCUGCCGCUCCAAUGUCGAAUAAUGCGACAGACUCGAGCUCUGUCGAACUUAACGUUUUUGCCGCACCAAAUUAAAACUGCCGUACCAAACUGAUUCAGACGCAGCUCUUUUGCCAUACUUAAUUACUCAGUUAGGUUCGGCACAUGAGUGGAGCGGCGUCUGAACCGGGCCUAAGCUACAAAUCGGAAUCACAUUUAUUUCAAAACGGGAGAAAAAAAACCCGUUUACAAAAAUAUCCGGACGCGUGUGGAACAUAGUGUCCUAAGAUCUAUUGAGGAAAAAAGUUAGUUUCGAGGGAAACAAGAAUAACCAGCUUACGAAGAAACACUUCUACCUCUACAAAUUUAUAAAAGUAAAUCUCGCGACCGAUAAAUUCGCGGGCUACAGUGCACUGUUACCCUCUGGCGUUAUAGACUUUACAGGGAGCUUAUUUAAGCAAAAGGGGUUUUGAGAGACGCAUGUCAAACGGAAGUGGACUCUUUGCAUUCUUGGGCACUGGUGUUCCAAUAUUCUCGUCCAAAUCGUCCCUAUAAGAGAGCUAAAAAUAAAAAUAUGUUAACGUCAAGGCAUAUCAUGAAGGGGCCGAGAAGAUUUCACUUCCAAUUGACGUCUGUCGCUCAAUUGUUACGGGGUGUCUACUUAAGAAAACUCGCACCGGCGCGAGUUUCAUACCCGGAUGAGUUUUUUAUUUCGUAUCGUGUUUACAUUAUGACUGGGUCUUUUCAUAUCUCGUUAGCUGAAGGUACACUUCAUGUUGACAAAAUACACGUAAGAUUCAAAAUCGCAAACAUGCGUAUGCGCUACCCGUUCCAGUCUACCAGCAGACUGAUUUCACACCGAAACUUAUGGUCGUUUAACGUUUGCGAGAUUUCGCACCGGAGUGAAAUUGUCGCUCCGGUACAACAACUGGGGUGAACUCGCGCCGGCAUGACAUUUUGUGCUGGUAACAUGUAAACAAAUGUAGAGCCAUGAGGGGGAACCGGAGUGAACUUACUCCAGAGAAAAAGUCGCCCCGGUGUCAUCUAAAUACCCCCUUACCUGUAAUUGUUCCUGUGCUAAACUCAAUUGUUCCUUAUGUCACCCGCAAUUGUUCCUAAUGUUACUAGCGAUCGUUCCUUAUGAUACCCGCAAUUGUUCCUAAUGUUACCCGCAUUUGUUCCUAAUGUUACCCGCAAUUGUUCCUUAUGUUACCCGCAAUUGUUCCUAAUGUUACCCGCAAUUGUUCCUUAUGUUACCCGCAAUUGUUCCUUAUGUUACCCGCAAUUGUUCCUAAUGUUACCCGCAAUUGUUCCUAAUGUUACCCGCAAUUGUUCCUAAUGUUACCCGCAAUUGUUCCUAAUGUUACCCGCAAUUGUUCCUUAUGUUACCCGCAAUUGUUCCUUAUGUUACCCGCAGUUGUUCCUAAUGUUACCCGCAAUUGUUCCUUAUGUUACCCGCAAUUGUUCCUUAUGUUACCCGCAAUUGUUCCUAAUGUUACCCGCAAUUGUUCCUUAUGUUACCCGCAAUUGUUCCUAAUGUUACCCGCAAUUGUUCCUUAUGUUACCCGCAAUUGUUCCUGAUGUUACCCCCAAUUGUUCCUAAUGUUACCAGCAGUUAUUUUUAAUGUUACCCGCAAUUGUUCGUUAUGUUACUAGCACUUGUUCCUGACGUUACCCACAAUUGUUCUUAAUGUCACGCACAAUUGUUCCUUAUCUUACCCGUAAUUGUUCCUAAUGUUAUCCCCACUUGUUCCCUAUGUUUCCCCGCAAUCGUUUCUUGUUGCCCGAAAUUGUUCCUUAUGUUACCCACACUUGUUCCUUAUGUUACCCACAGUUGUUCCCUAUGUUCCUCGCAGUUGUUACUUCUGUUAUCCGCAAUCGUUCUUUAUGUUACUCACAGUUGUUCUUAAUGUUACCAGCGAUAUUUCCUUCCCAACUUUAGAAAUGAGAAGGGAACUAGAGCCAAAUUUCGUCUUGCGCCUUGUUUCAAUUCUGGAAUCGUUACUGGGUACGCGCCAAUUAACUAUUCGCCAAUUUCUUUGCCCUCAUCAAACGACUUAUCUGUCAAACUUGAUUGGAAUGGCAGUGCGAUCGUCGCUUUUAUCUCUUAAGAUCGUCUCAUCAAAAGUGAUCGUCGCGGGUUAAAUGCCGUCGGAAAUACCCUUAGAUAGAUAGAUAAACCUUACUUCAACAUUCAGAUGGAAGAGCAACAUUGUUGCUAGUAUGUCCGAAUGAAAAGAAACAAAACAGAUUAAUAAAACAAUCGAGUGCGAUCGAUGACAAUAUUAAAAAUAAUUUUGACCACAUGACUAUUUACAACAAUGUACACCAUUAAAAAGAGGCAACAAAUUGCAUUACAAUAACUUAUAGUGUCGUCUAAGAAUGGUAUAAAACUACAUAUAUUACUAGCAGUUCUUGCAUUGUUAGUAAAUUCCAGUGAUUCGUCGCGAAAUAAGUAAAGGAGGUUAGAGCAUGCGUAGACGUCCUCGAUUUCGGAAGAACGAGUUAUCCUUUUACAUCUAAGAUCGUACCCUGAAUUUCUUUCCACAAAGUUUGAGCUAAGAUAAGUGGGCAUUAGCCCAUUUACACAUUUAUAAACCAGAACAAGCACAUUCUGUAGACGUCUGAUCUGUCCUCCAUAAUGACUCCCAGUUGUAUGUUUGAAAAACGCGUCGUUUGGGGGUAGUUUUAUGAGCUGCAGCGAGAAGAGCUCCACCGAGUAGAAGCAUCAUUUUGUUUGCUUUAAAAGUGACAAAUUUCUAACAGCUCAUGGUCUAGUUUUUCAAACGGAUUUUUCACGACGUUCUAUCCAUUAUGGCUGUCUCUGACAUUUUCAUUUCGUUAAAUAGAGUUCUAAAUGGUUACGUCAGAAGUAUUUGUUGAUUCAGUUACAAUGAAUAAGAUGAAAAAGUUCCACUGGACGAGAAUUUUCUCCUCCAGUUUGAAAGCUAGAUACUAGCACUGUUAUGCUCGAGUGACCCUACACAAAUCUUUCAAGUCUUAGUUGGGUCAAACUUAUGACCAAGAUCAAAUUUAGAAGGAUUUGAAUCGAGUGACCAGAGCAUGGUAUCUCAGAGGUAAUUCUCCUAACAUGCUGCCUCUCGGCAAAGAAACAUUUCUGGUCUUGCUCUCGACAAAUCCCAAAAUUUAAAAACUUCAAAACAUUCUCCUUAGAACUCCAUUCCUCUUGUAACACUUAACAGUAUGUCUGUAUAGCACUGCGCAUUAUUUUAUUUUAUCUUGUAACUCGAUCGUAACUUUUAACACCAUAUAGACCCUCCAUUCGCCCCAUCAACUGAGGAAAUUCGGAUUCCGGGAAAAUUUUGCUAGUGGAAUCCGGAAUCCUGGGCUUAACAAUUUGGAAUACAGCUCAAGGAACCUGGAAUCCUACAAACUAAUGGAAUUCAGAACUGUUUUGGAUUCCCUUAAAUAGGUCGACUCUUUAUAGGCUAGAUGUAUUCGCUGCUGAGGUAUUUCGUCAAAUUUCUAGAGUAGUUACCAUUAGCAGAAACCCAUUCUGAACACUUCCCAUAAGUCUAUUUUUGUAUAGCCCCGUAAAAUUUACUUUAUGACCGUAUUUUUCUUUGUUAUUCUUUAGGCUUUUGGCUUCAUCUCUCUUAUUUUUAACGUGGCGGUUGUAACACAGUUUUGUCUUCUGACGCUAGAUUACUUCAGCGAUAAAUUGUCCACACAGUACCAAGUCCUGUUUAUUAUUGAAUGCAUUGCGGUAUCCUGGUUCACAUUGGAUAUUGCAAUACGCUUUCUUUGCUGUCCAGAUCGAGUCUGCUUCCUAAAAACUCUUCAAAACUGGGCUGACUUUAUUGCCAUAAUACCCUUCUACUUGGUUAUUUUGACACCCUAUGACGAAGUCAUCAGAAAUUUCAGCAUCUUAUACGUCCUUCGCAUGAUCCGCACUUUUCGUCCGUUAAAAUUCUCCUACGUUAUGCAAGUAUUCACUCAGACACUUCGAGCAAGUUCACGCGAGUUGUACUUUCUCAUCUUUAUUUUGGGUUUAGAGGUAGUAGUGUACGGCAGCCUCGCUUACUACUCGGAAAGAAACGUGCCCGAAACUAAAUUCACAAACAUUCCAAUCUCGUUCUGGUGGGCACUGGUCACCAUGACAACUGUGGGAUAUGGCGAUAUGUUUCCGACAACUCUUCCAGGCAAGUUGGUGGGAUGCGUUUGCGCUAUAAGUGGUGUCCUUAUGAUAGCAUUGCCAGUAUCUGUUGUGGCAAGUAACUUUUCACUCUAUAAUUCGUACGCAAAGGUUAAGCUUAAGCUGCCUUCCCGAGGAAAGAAAAACAUGGUGGACAACGCCCUUAAAGCCCUACAACUGUCUACACCGCAAACAAGCGUUAGUGUUGCUUCGCCAGACGGCGUCAAUGGCCGAAGCCGUUAUUCGUCGCUCGUUUCAACAGGAAUUGAAAUGAAUAUAAUAAAUUGUAACAAGAAAUGUCCUGGCGAGGAAAAUGAACCACUCACCAAUCACGAGCCAGACCAGAAUCGAAGGUUCGCAAGACGCUCCGCGCAUUUCUCGUUAAAUUUGGUUCCUAUACGAGCGCAUCCGGAACUCCCUGAAGGAGAUAGCGAACCGGAGGACAUUGAUAGGGCAAACAAUGGAUACAAUUUGCAAGCUACCGAUAACAACUUACCGAACAUUUGAUUCAGCUGAGAAUGAUUUGAAUGAGAUCAGCGUUCUACUAAUCCUCCUCAAAACAGGCCUGGACAAGCGACUAAUGGCAAAUCAUAGGCCGCAAUUAUACGGAGAGUAAAGGGUCACUUGCGCCUAUCCGAACUAUCCUGGGCGAGCCAACUUUUCCUUCAUUUUUUUACAAAACUUGGCAAAACAUUUACACGAGAAACAGGAAGUUGUCUCGGCUAGAAGGUAACCCACCUAGCCGAGUCAACUUUUCUCUAUAUAACAUUUUAGCUCGCCUGCCUCGGUCAUGGCGAGACAAUAGGGACUUUAAUAUCCAACGACGCGGACGGCAACAAGAACGUCAAAAAACAAUAGGUUCUAUAAGCAAAACAAUAACUUUGUGAGUGCAUCACGCUUUUUUGUACAUUUCUUUGCCCGUUUUUGCACGACUACGACGCGAAAAUGCCUAAUUUCGCGUUUUAUGGAGGACAUAAACAAGCAAUGACGAAAUUUUAUUUCUCUUUUUGAACUUGGAUAUGGUCCCUAGAAAUUCAAUUCAAUUCAAUUCCAGGAGGGUUCGCCUACAUUUGAGAAACUAAGUGGGUAGGAAAAACUGCGAUAAAUACUGAAAGAACGCAAAUUCACUUUUUAAGCGAAGUUCUCGUUGCCGUCGCGACGUUGGAUCUUAAAGUCCCUAAUUAGAGGAUGGGCGAACGCUGGUGGCUUUUGGGAAAAGGGACAACGUUUUUGUGAUAUCAACGCCCGCUGACUCGUUGACUCGGAUGGGAGGGUGACCCUCUUACCCGGGACAACUUCUCUCCAUAUAAACGGGACCUAAUUGUUACAACGACCAGAACAACUAUUGGAAUUCUCUGAGGUCUGCAAUAGGCGAAUAGCCACCGAUAGGAAAAAUACCUUAAGCUACUCAAAUGAUAAAAGCAUGACGUCCAAAUAAAGUUCCUGAAAAACCAGUAAAGUGGAAAUAAAUUGUUUCGCCUAACGCUUAGCAAGUGGGAUACUCGAAAAGACCUUUCCUGAUUGUAAUAGAGUAUGACGUCCAUGAUAGCAAUCCGUCGCGAUACCUGCAUAAAAACACUUCAAAAGGGAAAAGACCAUUGCGAGGCGCUCAAUUUAAUACUCCCUAUUCAUCGUCUGUAGUCGAUCUAUAUCUUGCUGUAGAAAGUUACUCCAGGCAAUGUCACAGUAAUCAAAUAAUGGCUAGAACUAAAGCGUUGUGAACAAGUGUUGCUGCCUCUUUUGUGACGAAACUUCUAACACGGCCCAGGAUACUAACUCUUGACGCCACCUUUUUACACACAUAGUCCGCGUGAGCCUUCCAAGUCAUAAAGUUGUCGAACGCCACGCCUAGGUAUUUAAAAGAAGUUUCGCAAGAUAUGGACUUUCCGAGAAGAUUAAGAUUUAAAAUGCAAUCGCGCUCUUUAUGCCUUUGAGAUGUAAAUAGUACACACUUAGUUUUUGAAACAUUGAGAACAAGAUUAUUGUUUUCUAGCCAUUCAGAUAAACACUGAAGAUCUUGGUUGAUGGAAAAAAUUAAAUUGUGUACAGUUGGACCAGCAAGAUAUAAAACUGUGUCGUCAGCGUACAUAUUUACACAGCAGUGUUUGAUACAACGUGGUAGGUCAUUAAUGUAGACAAUAAAUAACAGGGGUCCGAAAAUGGACCCCUGCAGCACUCUAGAAGUUAUGGCAAGCUCUUCAGAUGACUGAGAAUCAGUGUGCACGAACUGCUUUCUUCCCGUGAAGUAGUUCUUAAACUAUGGAAGGCUUUCAUCGCAUACACCGUAAUACUCUAAUUUGCUAAGCAAAAUGUCAUGGUCAACUGUGUCGAAAGCCUUUGCCAGGUCAAUAAACACAGAACCAGUGACUAAGCCCUUAUCCAUAUUCAUGAGAAUCUCGUCGGCGAAAUAGGUUACAGCCGUUUCAGUUGAGUGCAUUCUUCUAAAACCAGAUUGUGAUUUACAGAGCAAGUUAUGAUGGUCAAAAUAACUUGCAAGUUGCUUGUGGAUUAAACGAUCUAGGACUUUAGAUACCACUGGUAAUACGGAUGUGGGGCGGUAAUUUCUUGGAUCAUCUUUUGUACCUGAUUUGUGCAGAGGGGUCACCUUCGCUUUUUUCCAUUCCGCAGGGAUAACGUUUUCUUGGAUAGUUAAAUUAAAAAUGACGGACAAUGGAGAAGCCAGGGCGUCUGAUCCGUCUUUAAGUAGACGUGAUGGAAUACCAGCUGAUGGCCACCCUCAGAGACCCCGGGGCAGUCAGUCGGAUAGGGAGAAAAGGCAGGACGAAAGUUUUCAAGUACGGGCGAAAGAGCCACUGGGUACCGACUCUCACCGAACUAUUUCCAAAAAUUCAAGCAGAUGCCGGCUCCUGAUUGGGCACAAAAAAUGCUUUGUAUUAUUGUGCCCAAUCGGUGAACAGUUCCUCCUGAGUUCUUUUCGUGAGUUCGUACACGACAGCUAUUGUCUCGAUCACGGCUUGUCUGGCUCAUGCACUAAAGAAAUGCACGCAGUCAGAAAACUUUCAGUUUGAUAUAAAAUCCCCAUCUGAUUUCAAAAUAUUGUUUGCCCGAAAAAUAAAGACGCUUCUCCAAAAAUACAAGCUUGAGCUUACAACAGGUAUUCACGCUUGCAUCGGUCACGCGUCUUGCGUAAAUACUAGGGAGUUUUUAAAAGAUACCACGACGGCUGACAGCCACGAAAACGACGCAUGGAAAAGUGAAUUCACAUUUUUUCAGUCUCUAUCGGGAUUAUUCCAACUCGCUUACUUUGUCAAAUGCAAGCACUGACUCUGACUUCUUUAUAUCCAACUUCAUGAAGAGAAUGAAUUUUGUCAUUGCUUGUUUACGUCCUUCACAAAACGUGAAAUUAGGCAUUUUCACGGGUAGUCGUGCAGUUGAUGGCAAAGAAAUGUUAAAAAAAAGCGUGAUGCACAUGCCAAGUUGUUUUGCCUUGUGAAGCUAUUGCUAAUUUGACUUUCUCGUCGCCGCCGCAUCUUGAAGUUCCUAUCAUUUACGAUACAUUGUGAUCCGCCAAAAACAAUAUUCUCGGGGCAAAUUGAAUUGCUCCUGCUGAUAGCAUCCCAAACGUUCCUUUGUUUCUGGUUAGGAAAGCGGAAAAUAAAAGUUUUCCCUGCACGCACAAGCUUGGUGAACGAACCGGGCAAGUGUGGCGAGACAAUAGCCGUCGUGUACGAACUCACGAAAAGAACUCAGGAGAAACUGUUCGCCGAUUGUACACCGUAUUCACAAAUGGCGGACACGCGGGAAAAAACUGGUGCCUAGUCAUGAAAGCGAGGCGUUGGAGGGUAAACAAAAAUUGCAAAUGAAGACUUUCAGUGAACUUGCAAAGUGUUUAGCACGGAUUCCACCUAAAAUAACUUUGUACGGACUUCUUUUUAAAUACAAUGACGUGGGACGUCUUCUGCUUUUAAUGUUUAGUAUUGAUUUGCUGUUUGCAAUCAAAGGGGACGCGUAUAUCUUUAAGGAAACAGGAUGAUUUUGUAGGUUUCCGAAGCAUCAGAAGCUCGACAUGUGGGCGAUGACUGGAGAAAAGCGGCAAACAUGUUGGCCCAAACUUCACAUUGAAACCGAGUUCGAAAGCCAGCUCACUGCAAUUCGGUAAAACAGAAAUAUAAACAAUGAAAAUCUUGGUGGCAAGAAAAAAAGAAAUAAGCGAUGGAUAUAUGGCCUACUUGUUAACGCAAGAGACGUGUGCUAUUGAACAAAACAGUUCAAAUCGAGAUGGAAAAAAGGAAGACAGGAAAGAAGCGGUGACUGAGGUUUGGAUGAAGUUAUGUUUGGUGUUUAUUUGCCAGGAGGUUAUUCUCUGGUCUUUAUCGAUGAAGGACAUCAAUUAGAACUAUAUUUUUGGUAUAAAUGCAGGAGCGAUCGAGUGGAGUACGCUCAAAAUUUCAACUUGUUACUCGGCAGACUCGGUAAGCCGGCCACAUUUCAUUUCAGCGAGUAAUUUUCCUAUUUCUUAUCUUUAGCUGUUAAGAGUUUUAACUUCAUGUUCCAUAAUAUUUUAAAAGUGAAGAAUACAUAAAUAAAUAAAAUGAUGGUCUUCUUAAACGGAUCCAGACUCGCAUUUAAUUAUUCGAAACAGAAGCUUGCCGUGUUCAGUCCUGAUACAAACAUUACCUUAAAAGUUUAACCUAGUAAAAUGUGAGCUUUAUACCACUUUUUUACCAAGAGCUCUCCGAGAUAAUGCCGUAAAGGAGACCAGGCAAAUAGCAAGCCUUUAAGAUUCACACACUAGAGCGUCUAGUUUUCAUAAAAUUAUUUUAUUUCGCAAUGACAAAGAAAUCAAAAGAUUUUAAACUUGCACUGAAUUUGCUAAACUCUGCCAACGUACCUCUCACAAUUCACUCCAAAGCGACGGAAUUAUAAUAUCAUCCAACGGAAGUUGUAAAUACAGACAUACAUAGAUAUGUGUAAAAUGACACUGACAUGAAUGAAUGAUUCUCGUGAAUGAAUCUUUCACCCGCUCUCGACUUGACCUGUUUUGAGUAAUAUGGCGGAGGUCUCCUCCUUUGAAUGAAGUUUGGGCCAACAUGUUUGCCGCUUUUCUCCAGCCUUCACCCACAUGUCGAGCUUCUGAGGCUUCGGCAACCUACAAAUCAUCCUGUUUCCUUGAAGAUAUACGCGUCCCUUUUGAUUGCAAACAGCAAAUCAGUUCUAAACAUUAAAAGCAGAAGACGUCCCACGUCAUUGUAUUUAAAAAGACGUCCAUACAAAGUUAUUUUAGGUGGAAUCCGUGCUAAACACUCUGCAAGUUCACUGAAAGUCUUCAUUUGCAAUUUUUGUUUACCCUCCAACGCCUCGCUUUCAUGACUAGGCACCAGUUUUUUUCCGCGUGUCCGCCAUUUGUGAAUACGGUGUAUACAAAGCAUUUUUUGUGCCCAAUCAGGAGGCGGCAUCCGGGCCUCUUUUGCCCGUACUUGAAAACUUUCGUCCCGCCUUUUCUCACGACCCGACUGACUGCUCCUAGGUCUCCAAGGAUGGCUGAUGGCGCCAUUUAGGAAUGUGAGUAAUCGUUUUCGGUUUAUGUUAGACUUGCCUACAAGUCGAGAUCAAAUUUUUUCACGAGCGCGAAGCGUGAGCGAUAGAUUUUUUUGUUUUCUGCGCCAAAAGCGAGCGAGAGAAAAAAGCUCGACUUUUUUACCUUGCAAAAAAUCGCAUCAAAAAUUUUGUCUUGCGCGUGCUCAAAACAAAGCAAGUCGGUAAUGUUUUUUCGCUCCGUGGCUGCCAGGAAAAUCCGACCUUGGUAAAGUAUCCAAAUGGAGGAAGACAAAACGCCUGAAUACAGGCGAUAAAACGAAAUCGAAAUACAGCCCGCAAAAAAUACACAGUUUGGAUCAAAACAGAUUAAGUCACGUUUCAUGUGGCGUGAUCGGGUUUGUUUGACGGCGCAUCAGUAAAACUGUUCGUGAUUGGAUAAAACCUACAGGAGGAAAAUUCCUCCUGCAAAUUUAGCGCGCUGCAAGGGAUAAAAGUCCGUCGCGCUGGCACCAACUACCGGAAGCGAGGGACUUUGAGGAAGUCUAAGUUUGCGUCUGCCCCAAGAUUGAUGGCACCCAGUAUAAUGAGCGCCUGUUUACAUGUUGGUAGGAGACCCCAGGUAGCUAAGGUAACCCCUUUAGGUGAGUCUACAUCAGGUUUACAUGAUGUACCCUGGGAUGGCGGGGUUUCAAGAUUGCAUGUAAACGCGGGUUAUUUUUUACACCACCUGAGUUGUCUACCUGACCUAUCUAGGGCGCCACACCUCCAAGCACACAAGCCUGAAGACUCCCCUAACCCAAUAUUUUGCCCUACGUUAGAAAUUCGUUUUAACGUCGGGUUAAGGGGAUGAGGAGGGGGAGGGGGGCGGUCACCCGAAAUCGUAUACUGAUCCCUUCUUCCUUCAGUUAUUACAAGCACUUUGAGUGUUAGUAGAAUCUUUUAAUUAUUCCUUUUGUUUUUCGCAACCACGCGUUAUAAUUAGCUGAAAAAUCUUGUUCUAUUAUGACCUGUUUGGAGGCGUUAUUUUAGGGUACCUAGGCGGAGUACCUUGAGUAUCCGCGAGUUACAUGUAAUUACCGUUAAUGUGUUCAGUGCCACCGCGAACGGUCAGAGAGAUUCCUUUUCUUUCUUUAUUUAUUGUCGAGUAUUGAGCAGACUAACCUCUGAGUUAAGAAAUAGGGACCAAUGAAAAGAAUAUUACUUCAAAACUGCCUUUUACCUUGAUUUUUUUAUUUGUCGCUGCCUAGCUUAUUUUCUCUGAAAUAUACCGUCUAUGACCCCUCCCCAGUCGUCUCUAAUGAUUUUUACAUAGGGUUAUCAGUUACAAGGGACCAGCACGGUAACUUAACCAUGGAGACGAAACAUCGCUCCGACUUCUGUCGCUAAUAUUCGAAAGUGUAGAUGACUAACAGACAAAUGAAAACGUUUCCUCACACUGAAGAAGGGCCAUAUACCAGAAACGUCUGUUUUUUUAACAAAAAACAUUUGACACUUUUUUGAUGUUUUGUGGAAUAUCACCUCAUCAGCUAUCCAAGUAGAAGUGUCACGCAUCCCGGAUGGUUUUUCCGUUCACCAUUCAACACAGACUUAUGCUAGUUUCUUAUCAUUUCCAGUUCCCCUCGAUCCAUCCAGGAGGAGAAGACUGGCGAGAUAUCAACUGCAAUAGCCCAAGUUUGAUAUAUUAAAGUUCUAACAUGACUCUGAGGCUUCUGGUCAUUUUUCUAUAUUUGGUUUUGUUUUCUUUGUGCUCAAUUCUCUUCUGGGAAUUGCGAGACAAUGGAGUCGUGAUAAAUUUACAAUUUUGACUCUAAAGCCUCGGAGUCAUGUUAGAAUUUUGAUAUAUCGACCGUGGGCUAGUCAAACGAGAAAUUUAACGUUUACCCCAGUAGAGAGUUUUGUUCUUCUCUUCCCAUUUCCACUUCGCGUCUCUAAGCAUGGUCACUCUCUUUAGAGCAUCGUCGAUAGAAACAAAAUGGUCACAUCUUGCAUACGAACCCACGGUUAUUACUUGGGCGUCGCCCAAAAAGAGUAAUCGAGAUCGGUUAUUUUGAGUCAGAAUUGCAAUAGGCACGCAAUACGUGCGAACGUAAACAAGCCAAGCGACGCGAAUGUGCCACGCGAACGUCUCGUACAAGGUAAAAAGCAUGCCGGAAAAAAAGCUCUGCAAGCAAAGUUCUAAAUCCCACCUUUACGAUCUCAAAAACCUUGCAACAAAGAACUUGGUACAAUUCCCAACAAUGCGGGGACGAAGGAAUUAAAAGCGAUGAACAUGUUAACGCAACGCAGGGAUAAUUUUAAAUUUGGAGGAAAAUAUGAUCGUAUUCAGAAGCUUACCGUAUUUUUACCUCACCUAAAAGCCGGCCGGUUUUUUCGGAAAUUUGGAAGUACUAAAUCCACGGAUUAAAUCAUCCAAAAAUAUUUGGAAUUUAAAACGGGUUUGGAUCACACUCAAGAGUUUGAGCAAUUUUCAGGCUUACUGCGAAGUGUUUGCGUUCGUGAGGAAUAUUGUAUUACAGGAAAUGGCUCUGUUUUUUGACAUGCGAUAAUUCGUUUAGCCAGAUCAAUUUUUUGCAAUUUCUAUCCAUUAGUAAUUGCUUUAUGUUUUGUUUGAGUUUAAGAAGUAAUGAAAAUUUUAUAAUCGUUGGUCGUAUUAAACACUGAAAAUCACACUGUGGAAUUGACGGAUUGGGUUUGUAGUUUUAGUUUUGCCCUCAGUUAUCGAGAGCCAAAAAAGAUGUCCCGCAAUGGCGCAAAAUUUCGUGAUCGUGCAUGAGAUAAAUACGGGAUUGUUUCAGUGAGGGAAAUGACAUGCGAUGAGCGGCCACAUAUAAAGUAUUACAGCAGUUUGAAAAUUUUAUUGGAGCUAAUUGAUGUUAGACUUUUACUUUUAACAUUGAAUGAUGCAUACCGUAAAAUUCCGAAAAUAAGCCCCGGGGCUUAUAUUUUUCAAAGGCCCUUUUUGAGGGGCUUAUUUUUGGAGGGGCUUAUAUUCGGAGGGGCUUAUCUACGGAGGGAAAUUUGCGUUUCAAAAUCGACUUGGCUAACCUCAUAGUUGGAAUGAAAUUUAUCGUUUUUUCUUUGUUUUGCUUUGUAUUUGAGGGUAAUUUCCAAGUACAAGCCCCCGGCGGGGCUUAUAUUCGGAGGGGCGAUUUAACGGAGGGUUUUUUGCGUUACGAGUUUGGGGGGGCUUAUAUUUGGAGGGGCUUAUACAUGGAGGGGCUUAUUUUCGGAAUUUUACGGUAAUUUCAUUGCAUAUGUUCGAAAAGGAGGUGAUUUCUUAAAAUCUUAUUGCGAAAAAUGAACCCAUAAACAAGUUGCAUUCUUAAACGUUGGAACCGUAAAGGGGGCAAAGUCCAACAUCUUCACGUACAAACUGCGUGCGUGACAGUUAUUUUUAAAACCCUUGGGUUAAUUAGAUUAAGUCGAUUUCCCUCAUACACGAACCACAAAAGCGGCUAAUUCCAAAGCUGCGUAACAAGACAACUCACAGUAGGGGCCUGAACAUAUUAGCCAAACAUAUUAGCCGGUCUGGCUAGCUCUGCCGAGACGACUUUUUUCCGGUUUUAGCCCGGAGCCGCCAUUUUUAUAUAGAGAUUGGGAGCAGUUUGCAUGUUUCUCGCUUGGUUCAUUCGCCGGGCUGCCCGGCAGGCGUGAUUACUUGGAAAAUUAUUUGGAAAAUUUUCCGGCAUCACAAUGCUGGGAUACCAGCUACCGGGCUGGCUCGGUUGUCAUGUAAUCGCAAAGUUGAUUUUCGUUGCGUUUAACGGUACCGAGAUCUCUGCAAAGCGAGCCAGCCCGGCUAAUGUAAUCAGGCCCUACCUAACCGAUUUUUUCAAAGCUUCCCGAACCCACACACCCAAAAUUUUAACCGCCCCCCUCCCCCACCCCCAACAAGCAAAAAAGAACAUCUUCAUAUCCCUUUUCUAUAUUAAAUGAACUUUCCCUUAUCCACGUUCUCUCCAAACAAGUAUUAUCAAACCGAAAGACAAUCCUAAACAAAAUACCUAACAACAUUUAAAAUAAGUACAAGUAUGUUAUGGUCAAGAUUAGCCAAGCACAGACACCCGUGGGAUCGAUUCUCUGUCAAGAGUGAAUACAAACCCUAAUGAUGAUGAUGAUAAUGUUAAUGAUGAUGAUGAUGUCUUCGACUAUUGGCUUUCACAACCACCACUUCAUUUCAAAAGACUGUUACUACACUAUCCCUUCACAACCAAAUCAGCACUCCCACAACUACCUCACUACAACACCUUAAAUCACUUUUACCUUCCAAAAAACAUGUUUUUUGUUACUCAAUAUCAAAUUCGAAACCAGUUUCACUGUUUAACAAACUACAGCCAUUAUCUUAGCAAUCCACUCCAAUAUAACUCUACGCCUUCAGGCACUUCAUACAUCUCAACCAACCCCUAAAUAUAUAACGCUACUUCACUACUGACACAUCCCUAAUAUAUUUAAAAACUUCACAUGCGCGCAGUACAGCGACGCCCAAAUAUACCCUCACACAGCGUCUUUUUUGUAACUGGUAUACAUUCAUGCUUUUUUAGAGAACAAUUUCCACCAGAAAUAACUUGGGAGGGGAAAAUAACUGUUGACGUAAAAAAACGGCUUCAUUCGCAUCAUCGACAUCAUUCUACUGAAAGCUCAAGUUGAAUGUUUAUGGCAUAGUAGGAGUGGCAGAAACCUCAUCAUGGUCGUAGUCGUAGCAGUAGUGGUAGUGUGGGUGGUGGUGGUAGCGGUGGUGGCUGUUGUUUUAGGGGUGGUGUUGGUGGUAGUUGUGGUGUUGAUGGUUUUAGUGGUGGUGGAAGUGGUAAUGGUAGUGGUGGAGGUGGUGGUGACGUGAAAGUGGUGAUGGUGGUGGUGGCUGUUCAGUUUAGUGGUGGUGGUGGUGGUAGUUGUGGUGUUGAUGGUUGUAGUGGUGGUGGAGGUGGUAAUGGUAGUGGUGGAGAUGGUGGUGACGUGAAAGUGGUGGUGGUGGUAGCGGUGGUGGCUGUUGUUGUGGUGGUAGUGGUGUUGUUGGAAUUGGUAAUAAUAGUGGCAGGGUUCGAGCUAGGUUAGGGUUAGAUGGUAGAUAGUAGUGGUAGUGGCGGUAGUAGUUGUGGUAGAAGUAGUAGGGCGGCGGUGAUGGUGCUAAUAGUAUUAGUUAUAGUGUCAGUUAUAAGACAUUGCCAAGCACUCACAAAAUGACAUUGUCUUCAGUGUGAAUAAAGAACAAAUAGAAAAUGCCUAAAAUUAGAUAUGAAAGAAAUAUUAAAAACUUUGCCGCAGGGAAAAAUCAAAACAAAGGGUGUUUCCCUUCUUAUAUUUAGCUAAGGGAUAUUGCUAGACAAAGUGCUAGAUCCUGUUUAUGAACGGUUAAUUAAUCAUUCUAACAGUCUACUAUAUGUUUGUUGGUUGGUUCGGCAGGAUGUCUGAUUAGGGAACUGAGAAACAUAGCAGGUUAUUAAACCCAUGAGACAGAAAAACUGAUGUCUCCAUGGUCUAUUGGUCAUUUAAAACGUAAAACAAAAGUUGUUUACACUAGGGCAAUAGACACUUCUUUUCGAGUGACUGAAGGUUAAUGAUCCUAUUUUUAAACAUGGUUGUCUUACUCAAACGUUAUUAAAGAAAAUAUCGCAAUUUCUUAGAGACAUUGCAUUUAAAACAUUAACCAGUCUACCUUAAAAUUUUAAUGAGGAAAUUGUUUCCUCCUCGAAAGUGUUCCAGGUAGCCAGGAAAAGCUUUUCAAUGAGAAGGAUUACAGGGUGCAAUUAAAUAGCAGACAUUUCAAAGAGAACAAGUGCAUUUACUUCUAGAUUAUUCUUUUUGCUUAAGGAUUUUUUUUCAUAGGAAAGAAAAACUUCCUUUUCUUACCUAAAACAAACUUUGAACUUACAGGGCGUUUGGAGUUAUUGCCACGCUCCCUUUGUCAACCUGGACUGAACGGUAAAAACGUAUUUGAGAUUAUCUGAAUAUAGCAACUUGUCUGUUAGUGCCGGGGAUGCUCUAUGACGGAUAAUUUUCCAACUGCUUUAUGAAUUCCUUUUCUAUUGUAGCAUGAGCCCCGACAAAAGGCCUCUAGUGUAAUUUGUUAUCGUAAGCAAACUAAGCAGUUAGGGGGUAUGCAAAGCAGCAAAAACACUAAUGAGAUAUGACUGUAGUAAAUCCGGCAGGCUUAUGGAGAUUUUCAGACCAAUUGAACUUGACAAUAAUGAAAAGCAGCAGCUGUUUGAAGCCUCGGAGGCAGAAACUAAAAUGAAAAAUGAUCAGUUAGUUUAUACUUUAAUCUGCCUACCUUUGCCGCAUUCACCAAGAAAUUGCGGAUUACAUGAACCUCCGCAAAGACAGUUUUAUUCAGCAGAAAAAACUGUUAACGAGAAACAACAGACUGAAUCAAACCAAAGCUCAACUCGCUUUAAAGUUAUUGGCUGCUCAACCAAGUAUAACGGAAGACAUUAGAAAUCAGAAUUCUGUGUUCUCAUCUUAUAAGGUAAGUUCAUUUGCGAGAUAAGUGAUAACGUUUGUUUCUUAUACGACAUUGACUUUUCAGUGAAGAGUAAAUAGAACAUUGAUUUCAAAAAAAGGAGAAGAUUAAUACAAAAAGUUGUCUGACGCAUCCGGACUGACAGUUCAGCUGUGGAUGAGUCUAAUGCACUCUCGACUAAACGCUCCGACAAAAAAUGCGCCAAAGAUACAAGGCGUCUCCGCACAGAGAAAUAUUAAAAUAUAGAAAUCUAUUUUAAUAGCUGCGCUUUUUACGUGUUAUAAUGUUCACUGCUUAUAUUUUUUACGGUAUAACAGCUUGAAUGCGUGCGAAAACUUCCUAUCUUGUUUGUUGAAUACAUUUAAAGCACAAAAUUAUAUUAUUAACAUUUUAUCGAGAGUUCCGUUGAGUUCAUUUCAGUUUUAUUUACUUUUCUUCACUUGAUCAGCAUACAGAUAACAAAUGCUAACCCGGGAGAAAUUACAGGAAAAAGUAGUCAGCAUUAGUAGGGGAGGCCGUGAGAAGUUAUUUUGGUCUGUAUAAUAAGCUUAAGUAGACUAGGUUAUUUCCUUGAUAAUGGUUGCGUUCGCGAGAAAUCAAGUCAAAUCAAUCCCACGAACACUAUAUUAUGCCACGGAAAUUUUCUUUGCCCUUAUCACAGAAAAAUAUAUUUAUCUCAGAAUAUGUACACUAGCCCCAUUGACAGUGUCAUAAUUUAUUAGUUGUUCUUAAUCCAAACAGUCGGCUGGAAAUAAUUUAAUAGCAUCGCGUAGGAGUGGUCAACAAAAAUCACUACAACAUUAUCAGGGUAAUAGUCUGUAUAAGUUGUUCUUUUUCCGCAGAUUUCCCAACUAAAAUCUAACUAAAUGUUCUAACUAAAUCUCUUCUGCAUUGCGGUUACGAACGUGUUCUUUUCAUUUAAUCACAUGGCAAAAAAAUUUUAACCAUUCAAUCUCUUUACACGACUUGAAAAAUCGUGAAGGAAAAAUGAAUUGUUAUGACUUGAUACGGAGACUGUGUGGAAGAUAGUUAGAUCAUUGAGAGACCAACGAACCUCUUUUCCUUACAAGUUAGAAAGCUUUUUCAGAGCGUGGUUUAAGUGUUUUCUGUCAUCCUGCUUCCUCAGUUAAGCUGCUCCCGCCGCAUAACUACGCAGUUGUCCAUAAGUAAAUUACGUAACAACUUUUCAGCGCGUGCGUUAACUGCGCUACCUAUUUUACUAUCACUUAUCAUUUCGACUGAAGAAGGCUUAUAGCAGUAACCGAAACUUUUUGAGCCUACAAAGAUAGUCAGCUUCUAAACUCUCACAAAACUACAAAGUAUAAUCUUGAGUGUGACGGCAAGAAAUGGGUGGAAAUUACUGUCAGAUAAACUCAGAGUUAAAAUGCUGAAAACGGACAACACGCCGCCCCAACCUCCGAAGCGCCUUCAAAAAAUUCCUUCCCUUAUCAGAGUGCCUUCUUUAGUUCCCAGUGUUUCUCUCCUCCGCCUCGACCACAAGGACAAGCGAGACCCUGGGAAUGAGACUAAAGCGUGCUAACAAACACAAAUUAAGUCAAGCGAAGGAUAUUCACGGUAUAGCGAGAUAAAGCACUGCAUUACUUAUUCAUUCUAACUUUUGUUCCAUUUUAUACACUGCAAAUAGAUGAUUAUCUUCACGAAAUGUUCACUAUUCUAGUGGAGCCCACCUUGCAAUUCAAUUGACGACUUUGAAAACUACUGUUGAGUAAAACCGGUAGGAAGCCGCCGAAUAAGCAACGACUUUCUAGACCGCUGUUUGAAUAGUUUGAAUAGUUAUCUUCAGAAUAAAACCGAAGCAGUUCUUAGAAAGAACAUUUAGUUAGGUUAAGGUAGCUGGUAGUUAUCGUGAAGAAAAAGAGAAAUCAAUACGAGUAAAUAAUAAUUUGGAGGAAUGAAGCAGCAGCCUCAUGCGUCGUGCUGUGUUACAUGAAGUUGAUUAACAUGACAAACACACCGAUAAGCUAUUUAUCGCCACCCAAACCAUAAAUAUUUAUCCCACAGGGAAAGCUGCAUCAACAUUAGCGGUUAAUAGGAAGCUAUAGGAGAACACAUGGUAAGCCGUGUUUAUGUUGCCUCUAUCAUUAAUAACCUGUCAGUUCAGCUAAAAUGACACAUAAACGAAUGUCACUCGAAAAUGCUGCAGUCAGUCCUCUUUGCAGUUCUGCCAUACACAGAAAACAAUUGAAACUAAUAUUCAUCCUAAAAUUCGGUUUAAACUACAGACUUACUCACGCGUCAGUGAUAUGUUUACCUCCGGCAAGUUUUGAUGUGCUUAAGGUCAUGACAAAUUGUCAAAGGCAACGCUACUUAUUUAUUAAACAUAAUGAACAAUUUUCUUUUUGCUGCAUUAAAGCUAAGCGAAAUGAAGAAGUCUCGGAGUCUUAGCGCUGUUAGCGAACAAUAUCAGUAUAUAUACAUAACUAUCAAUCUUACAGUAUAUGAAUAGGAAAUCUUUGGAAAAUCGUCUACUUAAUUCAAAAUAGUGCUCGCGAGUACUCUUUAAACAAUUUUAAGCGAUCUAAGAGGACUUCAGGGGCAUAUGAAAUUAUAUAUGCAAGUGAUACGGGCAGUAUUAGAAACGGGAAAAAACAGAUGAAAAUACUAAUUAAGUAGCGAUCUUGGCAAACUCGCUACAGGAAAUUUUUGCUGAUAAGACAGAUUCACAGUUCCAUACUUAACUAAACAAAACCAUUUGUCCACAAUAGCUACUUUUCUGAUUCUUAAAAUUUUAGAAGAGACGUUGCACAUGAAGUGCGCAUCUAGUUUUCUUUCUCCGGUCAUAUAUUUUACACUCAAGGCGUUCUUAAUAUUGAUGUCAGUAAACAAUUCUCUGAAAGCUGGGCAGUAUUUAAUUUAACGGUGAUCGGUGUCAAGACAAUUACUGAGGAACUUUCAAGCAGGCUCCGCCCAGUGAUUGACGUAAGGAGACAGAUGUAAAGGAAAUAUUUGUUGCUUCGUAAGACAAAUUUGAAAUAUCACUGUCACCUGAGCUCGUCAUAAAGAUACGAUUUGAUUGGUCACCUGUACAAGCGUACCCUUGAGCAUUUAAUUUCGAUAAAAACAGCUUGAGAAAAAGGAAUAAUUUAGACUUUAUAAAAGAAAGCUCAAACUCUUUACGUACAGAAACACACGGUAUAAACAAUUCAGCUAUAAAUGACGUUCUUCUCCAGUUUGUUUCUACUCAACGCACAGCCUCAUAUAAGACGAAUUGUUAAGGAACAUUGCACAUGCAUAAAGUGAGUAAAAAACUUUUAUCCACGGGGAAAUAGCGUCAGUCAGAGACGCGAUAGCAAUUUUUUUAUAUUAUCUACUGAACUGUCUGGGGCUUCAAUAACUAGUCAUCUGGCUUAUCUUGUUUCGCAGGUUUGGAAGCUUCUCUAAAGCAUGCCUUCUGGUAAAGAAAAGAAGCGCUCAAACCGCAUUGUGCUGAAUGUCGGAGGUGUGCGGCAUGAAACCUUCUUAAGCACACUGAAAACAAUCCCAGAUACACGUCUUUCUUAUCUUGGGGAGCAUCACACGACAGUGGCGAGAUCCCCUGAGUAUGACGCAUCGAAAGGAGAGUAUUUCUUCGAUAGGCAUCCUGGAGUAUUCGCGCAGAUAUUGAAUUUUUAUCGCACGGGAAGGCUGCAUUGUCCUUCAGAUGUCUGCGGGCCACUAUUUGAAGAAGAGUUAGGAUUUUGGGGAAUUGAUGAACAACAGGUAACGCUACUAGUAACAGUUACACUCCUCUCUUUGGUGAGAUGCAAGCACAUGCACUGGUACAAAGCUAAGGACGAAACUUAACACAGUUUAUGCUAGAACCCAUGUUUGUGUUGUAUUAAAGUCCCGAGCAGAUCAAAUUUUCGUUCCACAACAGAGGUGCUGAAUAAUAAUAAACCUAAAAACGAAGGUUUCAGAAACUACUUGCAUCUGUUAGAAUGUAACCGUAUAAAGUUAAAAUUAAGAAAAGAAAAAAACUUCAUCGAGGUCACAUAAGGUAUAAAAACAAACACGAGAGAUCUGAUAAAUAUUUUAAUAAAUGUGCUCUACCCGUGAAAUGAAAAUAUGACUGACUCAUGCGCGCGCCAAUGAUUUCUGUCCGGGUUGAAUUAUUUUAUAUUCAUCGAACUUAUAUUUUUUGGCCCGAGCGUCUGUUCCUUCCCGUCGCGUUUCCACAAUAUAGCUCUUAAAAUGGUUUUGCUAACAUGUUUACAUUCAUUUCAAAGGUUGAUAAAUAGAUCUGCUUAAAAAUGAAAUGAGGUAAAGCGAUAGACAAACAUGAAAUGUUAUUUGCAGAGAAGUGAAUAAAAAUUUCACUAGAAUAGCAAAAGAAUUAAGUCUCCACAACGGAACGUUUUGAAAUCAGUGCCUGGAUAUAAUAGGAAAAGAUCGUCGUUUUUGCGUGUCUUUGCGGUUGGUAACAAUUGAAAAAACUUCAAUCAAAGGACAAAUACAUAUUAAGCUGAUACCGAAUAAACGUUAAGGCUCGAGAAACAAAAUCUGUUCAGAAGUCAUUAAGCGGUUGCGAGUUUCUACAUUGUCUUCUACAAGUAAAUAGACACAGAAAAAAGCAUUUUAAUUUGCUUUGACAAUAGCGGCUCACACGGCUGCAAAUCGACAAUUCGUCGCUUAGUGUCAGCGCGGUAAUGAUAGCUGUACACUUCGUCUUAUAACGUGGGCAAACCAAACUUGACCUAAUAAAACUUGCAUCUCUUUCAUCGUAUUUUUCAUUAUGAUUGUUAUUCUUACAGAAUUUUAACAAAGAUCCUUAAGGAGCUGCAUAAAAAAUAGUAAUACAAUUGAAAAACGCUUUUUAAAAAAUAUUCGCUUUCGGCGGCGAACAAUCUCUUUCUUGAAACAAUCAACGAAUAAAAACUCCAACUUCGCCGGUUAGAAAACCAUGCGAGCUGACUAUUGUCUCAAACCAAAAAUAUACUCAUUUUGGCUGAACAUUAAUUUUGUGUUUUUUAUUCACAGAGCCAUUAAUGAAAAUGUUGUAAAAAUACAAUCUAGGGAUGUAAUCUGGUUAUGCUGUAAUCCUCUUUGAUCUUUUUCGCCUUAAAGCUCGAACAACUACAGUAGCAGUCAAGAGUAAGGUAGUCAAGGCAUGGAUCAGAAUAUCUACCGUUUCGUUUUCUUUCUUCAAACCCUUUUUUAACACAGGAAUCGAUAUUUGAAUGUGCAGAUAUUAAAUGUACGUAUUUUACAGACGAUCGAUAUUCAUAACCAACUUUAAUUUCCAAGCAAGAUAUGCUAACAUAUAAACAGGUGCUAUAUAAGAAAGCCAUUAUCUUCCUACGUUUCCGAGUGUUCACAGGUAAAAGCUUAAAACUUCAGUUAUAUUUGCUAACCUCGAAAGAAAAUCAUGUUUCAGCACAAGGCUUACAGGCUAAGACCUGAUCUCGAUUCUGAUAAGGAAUUUGCCCUAAACUGCUUGCCAUAAUAUUUAUUAUUUUGAAUUAAUCUGUUGUUUUGCAUGCAAAUCAGACUGAAGCCUAAGCAUGGCGUUAAUUUAUGAUAGGAAUUAUUGACAAGCAGUGAGAUAUAGUAAGAUAGUCAAUUUUAUCACUAAAAAUAGGUGAAAAUUUGUUUAAUUCUUCCUUGAAUAAGCACCACAGAGAAGGAAAGAAUUGCUCAUGUGUUGUAAAUACUUGCACAAAAUCCACCUUUUUCUUUAUUUGAACCAGAAUAAGAGCACGAAAUCGCAAGAAAGGAACGUUGCACUCUACAUGCGAAAGUGUUUCAUAAACACGCGCAGACACACACAAAAUAUCUAUGGUGCAUGCCCUAUGACAUAAAUAUUUCAACGCAAAACGUUCACCUGGACAAUAAUAAAGCAUGAAAACAUAAGGACAACAAACAACCUCUAUCAUUAGGGCAAAUAAUGUGGUUUUCUAAAGGAAAAGUGUAAACAUAAGGAUUUUCAAUUAUCUGUGCGAAAAAAAAAACCUUGUCCAUCGAUCGAUAUCUAAUAUGAUAAGAUGUCGCUCAAUUUUAUGAUAGAAAUUUGAUGCUUAAAUGAUCACGUAUUGAGCAAGUAAACGUUCAUAAAAACAUUAGUCUCACUUACACACCUUGCUGUUCGGUCGUUUCGUUCUUCUUUCGUUUUUUCCUACUUUCAUUUAUAUUCGUAUGGGCCCUUAACACUUAAAAACUUAUAUAUCCAUUUUUGAAAGCUUUAUGAAAAAGUAAAACUACUACAGGGAAUUGAAUCCUUCUCAUUAUAUAUUAAUGGCGUAUUUUGCACACAGCAGUCAAGCACUUAGAGCUGCAAAUUUAAGUAAAAUUACGCAUUAUCACAAGCGAGCGUAAAACGCGCCGGUUCAUUAUAAAGCCUGAACGUUCGCAUUACAAUAAAGAGGACAUCGUAAAAAUGUUAUCUAUUGACAAAUAUGAGGCAUGGUUAACUUAAAAUCCCAAUUCGUAGAAACACAAUUUUAAUUUUAAAAAAUAACAUAUUUCGCUUUACAGGUGAUUGUUUGUAUUUUCACCGCCUAUUUCAUUGUGAGUUUCGUCUGUUAUUUUGCUGCUCACGAGAAACUUAAUCACUGGGGCUUAGCCGCGUGUAAUGAGAGCCCCCAUCAUGGCUUAUUUUUUCUGUUCACAGCAGUUGAGUCACUAAAACUACAACUCCAAAUGAGACGUAAUAACAUAACCAAGGAGGGUGGUUAUAUAUUUUAAAAAGCUUGGCGUUUUUAAAGCUAUACGGGGAAACGGGCAGCAAAAAUCGUGCAACUUGUUUUGCAAGAUUGCUGCAAAGGGAGUCGAAAAUUUUGCCACCCAAAAUGACUUGAUUUGGUGCAACACAAGUAGUAAAACGUGCAACUUCGCUAUUCAACUCGUUUUGCAGAGAUGUUGCAUAACAAGUGGCACGUUUUUGUCUUCUGUUUUAAUCUGCUGUAAAUCAGCUUCAUUACCCACUAGCGGAAAUGAUAUCAAAGCAUGAUUUCUAAAAGCUUCCAAAUUUAUCAGGGGCACCCAACGACAGUUUCCUGAAAAAUAACUGUUCGAAGAAGCGAAUAUUGCCUAGAAUUUUCUAUACCUUGAAGAACAAGGCCCCGGUUCACACUUAGGGGCUAGAUCGAUCUCAGAUCGAUCUGGCCUUUAUACGAGCUGAAUGUAAACGUUCGCACUUUCUUGAGAUCGAUCUGGGAUCGAUCCAACCUGGAUCGCUUCAGGAGGUGGUCUGAGAUCGGUCCAAGAUCGAUCUACAUUGUUCCGGGCUGAGUGAGAACGCAAACACGGCCCUGAAAGCGAUCCAGCUUAGUAGCCUUCCCUCAUUGAGAGUCCCGCCAGCCAAUCACACGUAAGGAGUAUUGGUUUUGCAAGUUUCAAAAAAAAAGUCUGCAAAAAAGGAGAACGGUGGAGACAAGAGCUCUUAUCGCUGCUUGGGAUAACCAUCGGAUUCACGAUAAAAUAGACAAAAGUCACCGAAACGGAGACGUUUAUGCGGACAUUGCAAAAGCUGUAAAGAAACAGGGGCUUUCCUGAACGUGACUGGAAGCAGUGCUGAAAAAAGUCCGCGAAACAUCUAAAAGCUUUAACUAUCAAACUCGGAUUUUCGUCUCUUUUUCUCAACUAAGUGGCCACAAAUCGACGGCAAUGAUGAAGAACUUUCUCGAAUUUUUGGAAUUGAGCUUCUAGCCACUAAAAACCAACGGCAAAAGCUAGAAGACGCUUCGCAAAUAAUAGAGCCUGAGUCUUUGAAAAGACUUCUGACAUUCAGCUGGAAAAAGACCACAAAUUGGUCUGUGUUGCCGAGGAAAAAUCCAAUUUGUAUAGAGCGUCCUCCGUUUUUAACGUUUGUUUAUCCUUUUGAAAACAAGUUAAUUAUAAAGUAGUAGCAAAAAAUCAUGCACUUUUUUUAUAACCGAACAAUCCGGCUGAGGCAGGAAACGUUUUCUUGCAAUAACGUGCAAGAAGACAUAAAUUUAUAAGUCACAAAAACAACUGCUGCCAGGUCCCCUCAAGAAGCCUUAAUGACCUGGCAGUACAUCUAAGACUGCUUGUUCGUAAAUGAAUAUAACGAAGGAUGACAGUUGUCUUCGCUAAAAAAAAAACAAGUUUUCUGGAUUUCGCCUGCCGGGACUAAACAUAAACAUCUUUUCAACGAAUCCAAACCAUGUUCCCGUCCAUGCCUUUACGAACCUUUGAGUAUUUAAGAUUCUUUUAUCUUUUUUCUGCUUAGCUAACAAUGCCUUGUUCGUUAACGAAUAAAUAAGAAAAUUUUCACUGUCAGUUUUAGAAAAAAAAUUUCUUUCAAACCAGACUAUUGUGGCGUGUUUGUAACCAGCGAACAGAAGCAUUUGUUUUUCUGUGCCGCGCGUUCCGAGAAUUAAAUUAACGAUCAACAAGCACUGAAGUGUUUUUCUUGGCUAUGUGGUACACUUGGGAAACUCGGAGCGCACUCAAGAAGCUAGAGCCGCUCAAGGCGUAACUCUUACGCUUCUUUCGUGCUCUCUAAACUUCCUGCAAGCAUCCAUUACUCGAUAUACGCUCGCUAAGCAUGAACCGAUUCUUAUUAAAAAAAAUUAUUCUGUCACACAACCCAUCUCACCCGAAGCCAGAGGGUAAACAAACUGCUUAAUCCUCCCUAGUUAGGAAUAAUUUGUCUUAUUAAAAAGGCGUCAGUGUGAACAGGUCCUCAUGCGAUCUCAGAACCUAUCUGAGAUCGAUCUCGUUUUUAAGCGAUCUCAGUAUGAACGGGGCUAAGAGUUUCUAGAUGACCGUUCCAUUCAUGUACAAUUUUCGAUGCGUAUCUAAUAAAUUCCCUACGAUUUUCUGAAGUCUAAUUUUUUGCUUGUCACUUCACUGAUUAAGCUAUUUUUCGCAGAACAAGGAAACUUAAAAAUUUUCGGAUUCGAAAAUGCGAUGGAAAGAGGAAUCAGAAAAAAUUAUCUCUUUCGUAAAACUUUAAAUUGCAUCUAAAAUUUUCGGGGAAAUAAUACUGAAGCCCGAAUGAAGCCUGAUGACCGAACGCGCCGAUUAGAAUGUAUUUCUAAAGAUCUAAAAGUACUCUGGACAGACUGAAAAGUGUUUUCAAUGUAUAUAGGAGGAACAGGGGCGGAUCCAGGAUUUUUCUUAGGAGGCGGUGCACCACUAACUGACUGAUGACGUAAAAAAUUUUAAAAGCGAAUACGAAGAAGAGGGCUUUUGACUAGGAAAUAACAUAAUGUGAACUGCUGAGAAUACAUAUCAAACGAUAGAGCAGAUUUUGUAUGUCUGUCAAGCGACUGCACAGUGUUAAUUAGAAAGCGGCCGCAGGUCAUCCCGGGGGGGGGGGUGCGCACCCCCUGCACCCUCCCCCUGGAUCCGCCCCUGAGGAAACCGUGGUUGGGUGCCCCUGAUUUAUACCGUCAACUCAACCGGUGAUUGUUGAAAAGGAAAUCAAGUGCCAUCAUUCAUUCUCAAGGGAUAUUCGUGUUCUUUCAAUAGGUAGAAACCUGCUGUUGGGAAAAUUACAAGCAACACAAAGAAAAGCAGGAGAAACUGAAAUAUUUCAAACUUCCUGGUUACGAAGAGGACUCAGACGACGACUUCCAGUCCAGGGAUUCAGGGCUUUUUGAGGACGUAGACGAGGGAUCAUCUUGGUGGUCUCGGUAUCAACCCAGAGUUUGGAAGAGCCUUGAGGAGCCUUACACAUCUUUCUGGGCAAAGGUAAGAUUGAAAAUUCAACAGUCUGAUCACUCACUUGGUGUGUGUUAGCCCUGCAAGCUGAUUGUAUUAUUUCAAUAAGUCGAUACAAUCCGGCUUCAAGUAUGAUAAUUGAAACUGAGGCUACUGAGUCUGCGGAUAAAACAUAAUAUAAAUCGUCUUUUCAAAAAGCAGUAGAAGCCAAUUUCUUAUGAUUCUAGCUACUCUUUUUACCAUUUUACAGAAUUUAAAUGGGCAUGUUACACCAUGAAUUUUGAUAUGGAGGGUUAUGGUACUGAAAAGCUAAAAAAAUGAAUUGUAUAACGGCACAUAUAAGCCAAAUGCCUUAAAUUUUCUUCUUUUUUUUCUUUUCAGUUGGUGGGAAUCAUUUCACUCGUCGUCUUCACUGCUUAUAUAAUCAAAUUCGCUUUAUCAACAUUGGACCAUUUUAGUGACAAAACUGCGCCUAGAUACAUCGCCCUAUUAGUUAUUCAUCUCAUCUGUGUAUCAUGGUUCACUAUGGACUUUGCUCUCAGGCUCCUAUUCUCGCCCGAGAAAAAAGCUUUCUUCAAGAAUCCCUACACUUGGACCGACCUCGUACCGUUAGUUUUAUUAUACGUGCUAUUUUUCUACCCGUCCCUAGAGAAAGUCCGUUUUUUGGAGAUGCUGGUCAUGCUCAAAGCAGCACGAAUUUUUCAGAUCUUCAAACUGUCGUAUGUUCUCCAAGUUCUUGUGAACACACUAAAAGCAAGCUCCAGCGAGCUUUGCCUGUUGUUAAUAAUCAUGGCCUUUGUUAUGGUAGUAUUUGCCUCGUUUGUAUAUUUUUUGGAAAAAGAUGAGUUUGCAAGUGACUUCAAAAGCGUUCCCGAGAGCAUGUGGUGGGCAGUCAUCACAAUGACAACGGUAAGCAUUAAAAAUAUUCCUUCAUAUAAUCGAAUAUGUCACAACUUCCUGAGAGUUUUUCGUUGGCUCUUUGGAAUUCUAAAAGAAAUAUCAUCAAAACCAUAAACCGCCACGCCUUUGAGACAUUCCACGCGGGUCCCAACUGGGACACUCUUCAUUAUAGCGUACGAGGAUACACAAUGACCUUCGUUAUCACCAGGCAAUUUACCUGGUGGUCCUAACUGAACGUUUUUUCUGUUUUAUUGUUAGUUUACGGACGUGUGGGAACUAGGCCCUAAGUUAGUCUUCACAGACUCGGACCCCCCUUUUGGUUUUAUUUACAAGUGCUUUUGCCCUUGCGUUGUGAAUUCUUGUAGUUUGUUUAUCAUGUUUAUAUUUCGCAAAUAGAGCCUAAUUAUGCAAUAAAUCGUUUGAAACAUGGUCCUUUAGUAGCCAGAUAUACGGUGUCGGUGAGUAUUUCAAGAUACCAGCGGAGAAUUGAGAAUUGGACCCCCGUUUGUGGUGAAGAAUUUGGACAAGUUGAUCUUGGAAGUGCGGCGAUUGGCGCCAUCAUCUCUUGUGAACUUUGCAGAAAUUUUGGAGUGUUGUAAGGAACGAAACUGUCAUUCAAGGUUAGUGGAGAUUGUGUAUCAAAAUGGUGAAUGACCUAGAGGUUAUUAAGAAGAACAAACGUUUUCUUAGAAAGUCUGUGACGGAAACCUUGAAGUCUAUCGACGAAACUCGGUCAAUCCCCGAUAACCAUGCUAGAAUUCAGGUUUUAAAAGACAACAUUGCAAAUAAAUGGAACGAUCUUCAAGAAGUAGAGGCGUCAGUGUGUACUCUAUUAGAAGAGAAAUGGAUUGAUGAAGAAUGUGAGAGUCCUAACGAGUACGAAUUGCAUGCCAUUGAAUACAUGUCGAAAAUGAUGCAUUACUUACAAAGUAAACAUGUCGGUAAGGAAAACGCGGGAAGUAAUUUAACUGCAGCCCAGGCGCCUUUAUCGUUAUGCCCCAAGGUACCAGUGAAACUUCCAAAGAUUGAUCUGCCAACCUUUGAUGGGGAUGUUUUAUGCUGGUAGUCUUAUUAUCAGUCAAUUAAACUCUCAGUGGUGGAUAAUCCAUCUUAAGCUGAUGUUCAGAAAUUAGAAUACCUAAUGAGAUCAUUGAAAAGUUCGGCCGCCAAAGCGGUUAAAGGGUUUGCAGUCAUACAAGAGAAUUAUCAGCCAGUAUUGGACUCUCUGAAGGAACGAUUUGGCCAUCCGCGGUUGAUUCCUGUUUCACAUAUGAUGUCCCUAAUUCAUUUGUCACAUUUGAAUUAUGAAGAUGCAUUGUCCAUGCGUAAAUUUUAUGAUCAAGUAGUUGCGUAUGUUUGUUCUGCUGAAUCAAUGGGCGAGAAGUUCAGUUCCGAGACUUUAGCGCCUGUUCUUGUGCCUUUCAUUGUUGACAAGUCACCGAAAGGGGUUGUGGAGAAGUGGGAAUUAGAAAUUGGUGACCAUAAAGAGGACUAUGUGAAAGUAAAAACAUUGCUUACCUUCUUAGAAGAGUCAAUAAGAGCUAAGGAGUCUUCCCAGCCUCCCUGUCCUGAAUCAAAGUCCCCUGCACAGGAAAACAGUUGGCCAUUCUAGGUCUAACCCUUCACGAAGGUACUCUACCUCUGCCUUGUGGGCGACGACUUGAGGGCGUGAGUGCAUUGUUUUUGGUAAAACCACUGGGUGUGGUCGUGCGUCAGUUUCCUGUCAUUGCCAGUCAAAGAAAGAUUUAGAAAAGUUGUAUCCAAAGGCCUGUGUUUUCAGUGCCUUGAAACUGGUCACAGAGCUGACGUUUGUCAAAACCCGCUCUGUAAAUCUGGCCGUGGUAAACAUCACAGUCUCCUGCACUUGGAACCAGUCAAUUCUCAGCCAGAAGAAGCCGGGUCAAAAUCCUCUAAAUCAAGAUCCUCAUCUGCAGCUCCUCCCUCUUUGUCUUCCAUAGUAGCAACUUCCAUUGCGGUCAACUCACGUGGGAAGGUGAUCCUGCAUACUGUUCCUCCUGUUUUUGUGGAUCCAAUGGUUGCAAAAAAGUUGUCAAAUGUUUCUUUGAUCCCGGUUCCCAAACGUCCUUUGUGUAACCGAGUGUGGUUGAAGACCUUGGCCUUAAUGGGAAGACUGGGGGAAUCGCAGUGUCAGGUUUUGGAAGAAUAUCUGCUAAGGACACUUUGCGAAAGAGAAUUUCCUUUACGCUAGCACCGGUCGGCAAACCUGGAAAGCCUCAAGGUGUUGAAGCACUAACUGCUCCAGUUAUAUGGAUUGCUUGGAUUUCUAUUAUUCCUUGCAUCAAGAGAUGUUGUGAGAGGUGGUCUAAUGAACCAGUUGCACUUCGUACAUCCUUAGGAUGGGUCUCCUGUGGACCAACGGUUGGUCAUGAUUGCACUGUGUCUAUGAGUGUUCAACUUUGUGCUGAUCAACAACUGGAUGAUACACUUCAGAAGCCACUUGUGGAACUUGGAGUUCAUUGGUAUUACACCUGUUGAAAAGUCAGUCUUAAGGAAGUUUAAAGAGACAUUAGCAUACAAGAAUGGUCGGUAUGAAGUCUCGUUGCCAUGGAAAGAUGAGCAAGUUGUACUGAAAGAUAAUUACAAGCAAGCAAGGAGUAGGAUGUAUUAACCUGGAGUAGAAUCUGCUCAAAGAUCCAUCCAAAGCCAAGUCCUACCAAAAGGCUAUUAAUUAAGUAUGUGGAGUACCGAGGUAGCAGAAGAAGUACCCUAUGAGCAACUUGCACCAGCAGAUGGGCGUCCGGUGUUUUACCUUCCAUCAGAGAAGAUAAGGAGACAACUAAAUCAAGGGUUGUAUUUGAUGCAUCUGCGAGAGAUUUCAAUUGUCUCUAAACAGCUGCUCAGAAGCGGGCCCUGAAUUACACCCAGAUUUGGUCGGAAUUCUUCUGCGCUUCAGAAAAAAUCAGGUGGGGGUAAUGGGUGAUAUUCAAAAGAUGUUGUUGAAGAUUAGCUUGAAAGAAGAAGAUGGGGAACACAUCGUUACCUGUGGAGAGAUUUGGACCCCGACGCCACACCUAAGAUUUAUCGAAUGACAAGAGUUACGUUUGGAGUUAUUUCUAGUCCAUUCCUUGCCAUCUGCGCUACACAGGAGCAUGCAAGGAGAUGUAAAGAAACAUUCCCUGAAGCAUCAGAUGAAAUCCUGAGGAACACUUAUGUUGACGACUUUGCCUCAGAGAGAGAGAUACUGUACGUGAAGCCGUGAGAUUACAGCGAAGUUCAAAACAGCCUAGGGAACAAGCAGCUUUCAAUUUGACAAAAUGGUCCAGUAAUUCGCCUGAGGUUAUGCAAGCCAUUCCAGAGAAAGAUGGAGUGUCAGAUAGUUUGAUCAGAUUGGAGAGUGACCUACCGGGAAUGCAUCCAUUUACGAAAGCUUUGGGUCUAAAGUGGAAUACGAGAACAGACAGCCUUGUCUUUAUGAUUGAAUUGGACUCUCUGAAAUUGAAAUCAGAGACAUUGUAAUCUAGAGAGAACUAGCUUCUUUUGCAGCGAAGAUCUUCGAUCCAAUUGGUCUCAUCUCGCGUUUUACAGUAAGGUCAAAACUUUUGCUUCAGAGCGCUGUCGACCCAGGGUGUUGGUUGGGAUGAUGAGUUACCUGAAGAACCCCCUAGGAAGUGGGUUCAGUGGGUUCAAGAGCUUUCAGAGCUUGAACGGCUUCACAUUCCAAGAAGUUACAUUGAUUGGCCUUUAAGCCAGCUUGCAAAGGUGGAGUUACACGCAUUUGGUGAUGCAUCAGAAGUUGCGUAUGCCACCGCCAUCUAUAUUAGAAUUGUUCCUAAAGAAGGGAAGGCGUCUACGAGUGUUGUGAUGUCUAACAUAAGAGUUUCCCUUCUUCGAACGAUUACUCUCCCUCGCUGAGAGCUAAUGGCUGCAGUGAUUACUGGUCGACUGUGAAUCUAUGAUAAAGAUGCAAUCGACUGUCCUAUUAGCCGCAUUGUCUAUUGGACAGACAAUUCUUCCACCUUGCACUGGAUCAGAGGAUCAGCCUCACAGUGGAAACCAUUUGUUGCUAACCGUGUCAUUGAGAUUCAGUCACUGAUGGAUCAUAGUGUUUGGAGAUAUUGCCCAUGGCCACAUAAUCCAGCGGAUCUACCUACCCGAGCCUUAUCUGUCAGUAAGCUUAGAGAGAGUCGGUUGUGGUGGAAAGAGCCCUCUUGGUUGCAAGAGGUAGAAAAGGAUUGACCAAAGGAUUUAAGAUCAAAGUCUCCAAAUGAAGCAGUCAAAGUGGAGAGGAAGAGUAAAGCUAUUGUCAGCUGUGUUGUCCAAACCAGAGAACCGGUUAUUGACUACACCAGGUUCAGCAGAUACAGUCGAUUAUUAAGAACUGUUGCAUGGAUCAGAAGAUUCAUUCCCAACUCGAUGAGUUGAAAGAAGAGAGACUUUCAACUCCUUUAACUGGAUUAGAAAAUACGAGAGGGAGAAGAGUGGCUUAUAGCCCAUGUACAGAACACAAGUUUUCACGAACUAGCUUCGUUGGCUAAGCAUGGUGGUCCCCUGAAGGACAGUAAGCUGGCAAAUUUAAAUCCAUUUCUGUGCCCUACUAGUGGCUUACUUCGCGUUGGAGGAAGAACUCAUAAGUCUUCAUUACCGGAAGGGGAGUAGCAUCCCAUUAUCUUGCCUUCCAACCAUCCUGCUGUGAAGCUCCUGACUGAAGAUGUUCACUGGCGUGAACUCCACGCUGGCGUCGAGUAUACUUUAUCAGUCCUACGACAGAAAUUUUGGUUGAUCAAAGGAAGAUCAGCAGUCCGCAAAACAGUAAAGAACUGCCUAGCUUGUUGCCAUUAUCACACAAAGCCGUUUAUGCAGCAGAGGGCACCCCUUCCUGAAGACAGGAUCAAACCUGCACCGCCAUUUACCAAUGUUGGUUUGGACUUGCUGGUCCAUUGUAUUUAAAAGACAGAGGUGAAAAGGCUUACAUCUGUCUAUUUACCAGCGCAGUUAACCGUGCAAUACACCUAGAGUUAGUGAGCAACAUGACUGUUGAGCGAUUUCUCCUUGCCUUGACACGAAUGGUGGCAAGAAGAGAAAUGCGCAGUAUUAUUUGGUCAAUGCAAAAACAUUCAAGAGGGCUGAGAAAAAUCUGCAGCAAUGUUGGAGAGUACUUGAAGCUAACAAAACUCAAGUCGUGUUGUCUGAAAGAAGAUUCAGUGGAAGUUUAUCAUGAAGAGAUGCGUGGGAUGGGUUUUAUGACCAUCUUGUGAACAGUGUCAAGACACCCCUAAAGAAAAUCUUUGCCAAAGCAAUACUGGAUGCUGAACAGCUGACAACCAUUUUAGCUGAGAUUGAGGCACGCUGAACAGUCGUCCUCUUACUUGCCUAAGUGCAGACCCUGGUGACUACAGCGUGAUUACUCCAGCUCAGAUUCUCAUUGGGAGAAAUCUUCAAGCUUCUCCAGCUAAGGACACCCAUGUUACGGAACACACUUCUAGAAAUAUCACCAAAAGUGUUCAGAAUCAACAAAGACUUGUCAAUUGACUUUGGAACCUUUGGCAUGCUGAGUACCUGAAGUUUUGACACCCCUCAAAAAAUGGUUUACGGUUGGUCGCGAGAUACAUAAAAGUGACUUGGUCCUUGUUAGCGAAGAUCACUCAGCUCGGGGUCAGUGGCAACGUGCGCGCGUGGAUUCCAACCAUCCAGGUCGUGAUGGUCUUAUCCGGUUACACCUUUUUGAAGCCUGUGAUGCUUAUCUUGCUGCUGAAUUUGACUGAACUAACAAAGAAAUAUUGACAAAUAUUGAGCUUGAUGAGAACAUUAUUGAUCAAUUUGUUGAUGCACUCCAUGCAUCGGGCGGGGGGAUGUUCCGCACUGAAAGUUUUUCCUGUUUCAUUGUUAGUUUACGGACGUGUGGGAACUAGGCCCUACGUUAGUCUUCAGGGACUCGGACCCCCCUUUUGGUUUUUUUACAUGUGCUUUUGCCCUUGGGUUGUGAAUUCUUGUAGUUUGAUGAUCAUGUUUAUAUUUCGCAAAUAGAGCCGAUUUAUGCAAUAAUUAAACUCGAAAAGCUUGUACAUCACUUGCCUUCGGCUCGUGAUUUACAAGCUUUUCUCGUGUUCUCCCAACAUUCCGCGUGGGUUAUCACGCCGGUAAACCCAUAGAAAGUGUGGUCUACUGCUUUUAUAAAAUAGUUUUAAGUUUUCUAUGAGUUUACCGGCACAAUAAACCAUAGGUUUUUAACCAAUCAGAACGCGCGUACUAUCGUAGUUAUUUUAUAAAUCGUUUGAAACACCUGGGAUCCAGAUAAGUGUAACUUUCAUUAGGGUCGACCGUUCAACUUCAUUCAUAAACAACUGGACCACAGAUGGAGUUACAUUAUGAUCUGCCUUUACAGUUCCUUUAGAUAUAGCAUUUCGCUUUCCACAAUAACGGAAAAAUUGCCGCCUGGGCUAAUGUAGCAGGUUAAUGACGUGCGAAAUAAAAGCUCAAUCAUUUUUCUUACAAAUUCUUUUGGCAUUUGACACCUACAAUGACAAAAAACUGAUGCAAUUAUUACCAUAGGUUGGAUAUGGUGAGGUUCAUCCUCGUACGUGGAUUGGAAAGACCGUUGGCAGCGCAUGCGCUGUUUGUGGAGUGCUUGUCAUUGCUUUACCAGUGUCCGUGGUCGCCAGUAACUUCUCUCUCUACUACACAUACGCCAAAGCGAGGCUCAACUUGCCCCCCAAGAAGAGGCGGGUGGCUUUUUCCCAUGCUCUCACGUCCAUGCACGCUCAAAGAACACAGUCUGCCAAAGAAGAUGAAGUUUAUGAGUACAAAUUUAUGUCUCUGUGCAGCGAGAGACAGACAGAUCGUAGUUAUCCUGCCUCGGAGGUCUCUAUAAGCUGCACUAUGACUCCAAGAGGCAGUCUGAAGAAGUCCUCCUUCUUGUCUUUGCGUUCAAUGUCGAGGAUGCUCAGGCCUUUGAAGCGAUCCACUGCAAGUCGCAGUAAGUCCUUAAAUUCGGUGUUUUUGGAUCACCAGCCUCAGAGGGAAAGGUCAACAGACAGGAUAACGCUAAAGUUUGAUCCACCAUCUAGAUCUCCAUCAGCCAUCGACAUAGCAAGAGACCAAAGAGAAGGUAAGAUCUUGAACGAUAAGUGCUAGUAAAAGGGUAUGGUUCUGCUCCGAUCCGUGAUUUUGAACAAUUCUCUGGUGGUACAGACAGGCCAAGAAAUUAGAAGAGCCCCCAGAAAUGAAAUGAAAUACAAUCGAUCCCGAUCAUAAUUCUUAAAAGACUGCUAAUUCUUGGCCUCCUUCUCCUUCAAUGCUGAUGUUCAGGGCCAGGAGAGGGAAGCGAUACAUGUAUUCGUGAAACCAGUUAGUUAUGUUGUGUUUUCCGGAAGUAUUUCAACAAAUUAUGACCGGGUAGCCCUAUUUGUGAGUUCAGAUCGUAGGUCCACAACAUCUUGGUCGUGUGUUCAGUUGUUUAUGUCUAUACUUUUACGGCUGAUUUAUAAAACGGUUCACUCUUUGGGGUUUCACUGCCAAAGAAAAACGUCACAGGCGCCACGGAAUUGACCUUUUACCACUUUUAACCCAUUCGCCCCUGAACCGCCCGUGCGGAUCCACGUCCUUUCUACCCCUUGUGACGUCAUCAGUUUUAACGGUCAAGGACAACUUUGUCCGCUAACUUGUGCAGAGUGAAGAGAUCUUUCAAACCAUACCAGAAUGAGCACAAUUCAGUCAAGGACACCGGAGAAAGAGGCAAAAAACCAUGUAACAUUGACCUGAAAAUCUCCAUGAAAAUCUUGUUCCAUUGCCCACCUACCUUUCCUUUCACCUAAUCCUAAGAUCCUAAAAGCUUUCCUAAAAACUCUUCCCACCAAAAUGAAGCCUACUAAAUGCCCAGGAAGAGAAAAAAAUAAGGCAAGAAAAGAGAAAAAAGAGGGGAGGAGAGAAAGCGAAAAGUAAAAGUCAAGACUGCUGGGUCACUUUUAAACAAAAAAACCGAAAUUUUGCUUUCUGCGCAUGCCCGAACUUCGCAUUUUGCAUCUGGAUCAGAAGGCCGUGAAGUGUAUGACCUGUGAACCGGUUUGUGGUAAGUUUUAGCUCUCUAUAGUACGACAGUGACCAGAAAACCAUUCGACUAGCUUCAAAACGCGUUUUUCGGCAAAAUCUCCAGGAGCGAAUGGGUUAAACAUAAAUUGUUUAAAUCCUUCACUUUGACAGUUUUGCCUCUCUUUUGCACUAAUUACUUUCACAUCAGCCCGUAAGUGCCCUCCUAUAACCUUCCGAACGUGAUCUUAACAGAUUGCUGUUACUUGACAGGUCCCCAAACGACAGGAGAAAAUGCAUUUCUUUAUAUUCCUGGAGAAGACAAAGGCGAGUCAAAGAAGGAAACCCACAGGACCCCAUUAUUAAAUAAAUCACUCUACCCACUUCACCUCCGACGGGGAGCCGUGUCACCAGCGUCUUUUAGCCUCAAAAGCGCGUCUACGGCGUCCAGUCUAAAUGCUUUACCGCGGGGAUACAACGAACUUUGUAAUGCUCUGAGUGGCAAAGGACCCAUAAUCCUUCUUUCAGACCAGGCCAGUGUACAAAGCCUUUGCUCGUUAAAUUCUCGCAUGACGUGUUCGUGUUCAAGUUUGAGGAACCCAGGAAGUGAUGGAACACAAGGGACAACCGCAAAUGCAGAUGGGAUUGGUGGAACCCUUAUACACACAGAGAGCGAUGGGAAUUUUACAAGCAGCCUUCCACAAGUGACUUUAAGCGUGCCUGUAGAGUACCAUGGGAAGAGAAGACAUAGUAAUGGAUAUGACGGUCUUUCUGCAGUGUUUCGCGGGAAAUCUUCAAACGACAUCUCUGAGAAGAAUCUUGAGACAAGCGAAAACUUAAAUAAAUCAACCGACGUUCCACAGGAAGGAAGUGAAGAAGGGGAAAAUUUAAGUAAAAGUGACCCUAAUAUCGAAAGUGCAAAUAGCUUGUCCGGAAUGGUACGUAAUACAGAAGACACGCAAAGCGAAAUGACAUCACCUAUCAGCUCGUGUAACCACUGUUGGGAAACAAGUGCAAAGACAAUAAACUUUCAAAACUACAACGAAACGGAAAAUUCAGCUCAUAACGCUUUGCAAAACGAUAACGGUUUGAAUGAGGUAGGAACUAAGUUACCAGUUACACCAGUGCCAGUUGUUUGUCGAGCUGUUUCUGCUUAUUCCAUUAUGGAAUACAGCCUUGGUAGAAACGCGUUGCCAAGCAACUGCCAAGGUCCAGCCGGCUGUAAAGACUUGUGUGACGAUGACCAAGAAUCAAAAACGCCCACGCGGCGGCACAGUGCAUUCACACCUUGCAAUGUUUCUACAACUUCCAAAGCAAUACAAGAACAACGUGGUCGAUUGAGUACAGGUUGUAUGAAGGAACGUGUGGCUGAAUGCCAGCCGCUGAUCAACGAUAAUGAAGUAGAGGCAUGCACAAACGGAGAGUUUGACAAAGACGAGGAGUUGGGAGACGCUCUUGAUGUUAAUAAUCAACAAUGUAACCAGGGAGGUAAAAGGUCGCGGAAAAUCGGUGUUAGUGCUGGUUACUCACCUGUAAAUGAGACUCAAACAACUAAUCCUUUAUCAGAGGACUUAACAGAAACACGGCCUAAGAACCACUGCGAUGAAGAUAUUAUCUAUCCAUGCUCAUCGAACGGGUAUGUUCCUAGCGCAGCUGUGCAAUAUGAACAGGUCCCUCAGUUAGAAAGAACGUCUCGAGUUUAA